AUGACAUCUCUCGCGCCCACACCCUCCACAGAGAUUUCCGAAUCUCCCGCUCGAGAAGAAGCACGCGCCUAUCUGCACAAUCUGCUCUGCAAAACGCUACUCGUUCACACAACCGAUCAUCGCAUGUUUCGGGGGGAAUUCAAGUGUACCGAUUCUGACCUCAACGUAAUCCUCUCCGAAACCUACGAAUAUCGCAUUCCCCCCUCUCCCCCCACACCCACACCCACACCCACACCCACAUCCACAACCUCCUCAUCCACACAACCCCAAGAUCCCACCUCCUCCGCCUCGCAGUCCCAACCUCAACCCCAACCCCUCCUAAACAUCACCCCCCGCUGGCUCGGUCUCGUCGUCGUCCCCGGCGCCCACAUCCUCCGCAUCGAGCUCGAAGAAUUCGAAAGCCAAACACGCGGUCGCAAAUCCUAAAAACCCUAAAAACCCUAUUAAGAAAAACCUAAACCCUAACAUCUUCCCAUCUACUCGCAGAUGAACACAAGAUGCGCUCUGGUCAAAGACAGCCACCUCCCGCUAUACUCCAGUCAAGACAGGAAUACUUUCUGGUUAAAGACAGCAGUACCAUGGCAUAUCCCACAUGUGAUAGCGCAUCGCUAGAGCUUGGUAGAGGUGGGUGCAGAUGUAUCAAUACAAAGCAGACUACGAUUAUACAACGUCAAGCAUAGCCAGCAUUCAACUACCUGACUGAUAUGAAGUUUAAUAUCCAUAAAGUGAGGAGAGAAGAUGUGGUGGCGUUUAGACAAAUGAGAUGAAUCUGGCUCGACAUUGGUUAUGUUUGGGAAUAAUCUACCACAGAGGGUCAUCUUUGUUGAAGGAUUGGAAUAAUUGUGUGGUGAUAUGGAUGGCAGGGACAGCGGAUCACUGUCUGGAAAAGCUUGAGUGUUAGGAGGUAGAAUUAGUGACCAUCUGAAGAUCAUGAGAUGGGCAUGGUGGAUGAAUCAAGAUACCCAGAGAAGACAAAUCUAGACAAGACAGCUAGGAGUUUCUCAAAAACAAAAAUAUCAACUCAAAUGAUAGAAGAAUU